CAAUGACAAAGCACAACAAAGCACCAAACCUCCUCUGGGUCCCUCUCACACUGAGUGGGCAGUUUGACCGGCUGUGAAACUGAACUUGAAGUUUUCAGGAUUGUGUUUGUUCACUUCAGAAUCUCUUGCUCGGAUUUCUCGCUCAGAUGAAGCUGAUUGAUCUCAGUGUCAUCUUGAUUCUGGCCUCCUAUUCAGAAGGUCAGCGUUGGAGUAUAGAUGUCCAAAGACAAUAUGUCGUAACAAAUGGAUCUGAUCUAACCAUACCCUGCAAGUUCACCUAUCCGCCAGAAGCACACAAUGAAACUGUUACUGUUGUUGCUGUUUACUGGAAAACUUCUGGCUUCAGAAAUUGCAGUUUUGAGGACAAUGAGAAAGGAACAUUCAUUUUCCACUCUGAUGAGAUGUGCAUGGUGGAGAAGUACAGAAAAAAGACCAAGUUCAUUGGAAAUGCAGCCAGCAGUGACUGCUCCCUUCAGAUCUUCGACAUCAGGGAUAAUAUACCAAAGAUGUACAUGAGGAUUUACGCAACGAACAACAAGAACAACUUCAGUUUCCUCAAGUAUUUCGUCUCCAUCACUGUGAACGGUACUAUCCCAGCCACUGAAACCCCAGCUGCCACACCAGGGGUCACUCCAACCUUGAUGUACACGAGCAUCUUUGUACCAGUUGCUGCAAUUCUGAUCAUUCUUCUUGUAGCUGGAAUUUUCUUUUGGAUGAGACACAAACGGUCACACAGUUUGACAAGGAAGAAUUCUGGAUAUUAUGCAAACUUUAGCAGAGCGUCAUCAGACCCACCUAAAAGAGAGAUAUCUGACAAAAAAGACAAGGAGCUGCCUGAAGUGAAAGCCAUCGAUGAACCCGUGUACAUCAAUUUAGAGGCCCCAACAUAUGAAAUGGACCAAAGUAUGGAUGUCACAGACAAUGUAUACGCAAAUGUGGAUUAUACAAAAUAAUAGAAAAGUAACAUGUCAUAACUGCGCAUUGAACUUUAUUUGAAAAUCAUUUGUGUUUUCUGCAUUGUUUUUUGCUCAUGUUCACACCUGUGUGUCUUAGUUUGAAGGAUACAUGACAACAGGAACAAAGAAGAAAUGAUUUUACUGCUUCUUCCAGGUGAUCAAAACUACAAAAAGAACAGCAGAAGAGUUAAAAUCAUUCUUUAUUUAAUGACUUAUUGUUGCAGAAAUUUACAAAAGCCAGAUAGGAAUGGUUUGCGAAAUAUUUACAUUCUUAUUGCUUGUUUACAGGUUGUUGUUUUUUUACAGUGUAGUACAGUUUUAAUGUAGGUGAUAACUAACAAAAUCUACAAUCCACAUUCAAAAAAAGGCCUCAGCAGCAUGAAAUACUCAAACCAAGACCUUAUCUUGCAAACUUUCUGUGUUGUUUUCAUUAUAAUUCCCUCCCAAGCUAAUUUACAUGAGCUACAGUGAAGUACAGACAUGAAAAGGGAUUUUUGUGCCAAAGUGUGGAACAAAUUCUUACACUAAUUAUAUUCUGAUUUCUACUCUUACUAUGAAGUUAUGUUUGAAAGGGAUGUCUGCAAAGCAAAAAUGGUUCUUUCCAUCUACACAUGGGCAUGUAGAAAGACUGACUUUAAAAAUGCUGAAGUCUGUCUGUCCAGUAUCCAUUAACGUUCUCUCCAAAUAGAACAAAUUCCACAAGUCACAAUUUAAGUCUAAUGUUCAGUGACAAUAGAAGAAAUACCAUGAAUGUAAAGAUGAUCUGGAGGUUGCUGCUUGUAGUAAGUCUUAAAUUCAUGAAGAAGACCAAGAUAUGUGUCAGAGACAUUUAAUUAAUGUUGGUUUGUGUUUAUUUAACCUUAAUGUGACUCACCAGAUGUAGCUUGCAGAUAUAAACCUGCCAUUGGCUGCAUGUUUUACGUAGCUUUCUCCUCCCCUUCUGCUAUCUAUGUGUUACUGUUUUCAGAAUCCCCUUUGAUGAAGGUUUGGAUCUUGCGAUAGGGUUGCCGUUGUAUUUUAUUCAUUUUUAGGUGAAUUAUCCAUUUUAUUGACAGUUGUUGCCUUCCUGCAUGCAAUAUACUACCAAAACAAUUCCCCCAUCACUAUUUUGAGGGGACACCACUGCUUAACAUACCCCAAGACAGUUGUGAUUGUUUUCAAGAAGUACAAAUGAGCAUUUUCCCUCCUGUAUCAUACUGAUUACAGUGAGGUGCAGUCAGACCAUUCUACACGGCAUUGUGCCAGCGCUAGAGAAUGGUCUGGCACAGCAAGACUAAUCUAAUCACAAAAAGUAACUCCAUUUUCUUUAUUUGACUGCAGCAGCCACAUAUUGUAUAGUGUGAGAAGAUUAGUAAAAUAUAUUUUUUUUAUUAUUUUGAACAUUAAGUGUGUUUCUUGUCAUCUGAACUUUUAAAGAAUUGUCCUAUAUCAAUAUUUGUGUCUUUGGUGGCAGCCUGGAUAAAAUAAGUUGCUUAAGCCCAACAACAUCACAACCAACAGGGAUGAUAAUAAACAAACACAACAUCCC